UCGCCUGUCUACUUCGUUGAUCCUGAAGGAAGUUUUGUGCUCCCACCAUCACUGAAGCCUGCGUUUACCAAAAGACCGAACCAAUUUAUCAAUUCAAAGGUAAAUAUUCUUCACGCGCAGAAAGACGUUUACACAGGAAUUCAGGUACCGGUUGUAUUUGACUCGAACUCUGUGAACGUGGUUGAUUUAUUCUACAACAAUCAACAUCUCUUCCGAAAUGAGCCUACACGUUUUCAGGGUUGUUGGAGAAAAAUAACUGUUGAUGAUGUUGUCCCUUUUGAUGGAGACAAAAAGAUGCUGCUGCCUCAAAGUCGUCUACCACACGAACUGUGGCCAAUGCUGCUCACCAAAGCCCUACUCAAAAUCGCAUCGCUAAGCUUUUGUACCGGUGAUUCUUUUCGAAAAGAAUUCGGAGAUUUUAGUGCGGUUCAUGCCCUGACCGGUUGGCUAAGACAAACCAUUUACAUCCGAAAACAAGAUUCAGAUUCUUCCUGGAACAGUCUAAAAUCGUAUCUUAUUGAAUGGAAACGGCCAGAAGAUAGAACUGUGACGGAUGUACGCAGAGAUGAAGAUAUGGUUGAGGAGAACUCAAAAAAGGAUCUGGAAAAAGGUGUUAAGCCUGCGGCUCAAGUGAAGGAGAAAAGACUUGUGGAAAAGAAGCAUGAGUCGGGAAGGGAGCUACAGGGCAGUGCCAGGACAACACCCACAGAAAAUGAGGCAUAUAUCCGACCGGAGCGGGUAAUUUUCGCUUCCCUGAAGAGUCCAGUGCUCGAAACUCGGCCCCAGUCCCUUAAUUAUUGUGAGGAAUCCCUUGGGCAGCUGGGAGUUGCGUAUACGGAUUCGUAUCCCGUUUGUCUCACCGCAGUGCGAACCAUCCCACUGAAGCUACCCCCUGAACCAAAACCAGUUCCGGCUUGGAAGUUGAUCAGACCCAGACCAGCGGACUUCCCACUGUCUGAGGAACAAAAGCCAAGUGAUGACGUAGAAGAAAAGGAGCCAAUUCGAUCGGUCCUUGCUUCUUCAGCAUUCGUGGGUUCCACCAUAUUCCGGCAGUCCCCUGAGUCU